AGCGCGCGCGCCGUGGACGCGCACGCGCCGGGUGACGAAGCGGAGCCCUGUCCCUCGCGCUGGGGAGGGAAGCCGGGCUUGGGAGCGCGCGCCUCCCGCCCGAGAGAGAGAGGCUGCGGGAGGAGGAGGAGGAGAUGCGAAGGCACCCAGGGCCGGUCUGCCAUGGUGGCCGCCGGGCUGAGGAGACCCCUCACCUUCGCCGGCGGCCCUAGACCCCGCCCUCUGCCCCUUCCGCCGGCUCUGGAUGCCGGGCCUGCCGCUUCCCGGGGCUCCCGCGGCCCCCUCCCUGGGCUGCUGCCUCUGCUCCUCCUCCUCUUCUUCCCGGUGCCCUGAUUCCCCGGUGGCUCUGCUUGGGUCGCCUUUGUCGGCCCCCUUCUGCCCCUGAGCCGCCGACGGAGCCCAAGGAAGGCCCGGCUUGGGAGGAAGGAAGGAGGAGGAUGCCGCUCUUCAGGAAGGCGCGGCGGGUCUCCAACCGCUCCAUUCUCGUCUUCCUCUUCUUCUUCUCCUUCUCGUCCUCCUGCCUCUAUUUCAUCUAUGUGGCUCCUGGCAUAGCAAAUACAUAUUUAUUUAUGGUACAGGCACGAGGUAUAAUGCUAAAAGAAAAUGUGAAGACAAUAGGACAUAUGAUCAGAUUGUACACUAAUAAAAAUACUACUCUUAAUGGUACAGAUUAUCCUGAAGCCAACAAUACAAGCGAUAGCCUUGCUCAAACUGUGAUGUACCUUCCUGAAAAUUUCACUUAUUCUCCUUUCCUACCUUGCCCAGAAAAGCUACCCUACAUGAGAGGCCUUAUUGAUGUCAAUAUGAGUGAAAUUAGUUUGGAUGAAAUUCAAGAGAUGUUUUCAAAAGAUUUAGACAUUGAACCAGGUGGUCACUGGAAGCCAAAAGAUUGUGAACCACGCUGGAAGGUUGCAAUAUUGAUACCUUUCCGCAAUCGCCAUGAACAUCUUCCAAUAUUUUUUCGACAUGUGAUACCAAUGUUACAAAAACAGAGGCUGGAAUUUGCUUUUUAUGUUGUUGAACAGACUGGAGUUCAACCUUUUAACCGAGCUAUGCUUUUUAACAUUGGCUUCAAAGAAGCCAUGAAGGAUGGUGAUUGGGACUGUAUAAUUUUUCAUGAUGUGGAUCACUUGCCUGAAAAUGAUAGAAAUUAUUAUGGUUGCGGAGAAAUGCCACGUCACUUUGCUGCAAAGCUGGACAAAUAUAUGUACAUUCUUCCAUAUAAUGAAUUCUUUGGAGGUGUAAGCGGACUAACGGUAGAACAAUUCAAAAAAAUCAAUGGAUUUCCUAAUGCUUUUUGGGGAUGGGGUGGAGAGGAUGAUGAUCUUUGGAACAGGGUUCACUACGGAGGAUACAAUGUGACAAGACCAGAAGGCGAACUAGGGAAGUAUAAAUCUAUUCCUCAUCACCACAGAGGAGAAGUUCAGUUCCUAGGACGCUAUAAACUCCUAAGAUAUUCCCGAGAACGCCAGUACAUUGAUGGGUUGAAUAAUCUGGUAUAUACGCCAACUAUUCUUGCGAUGAGAUUGUAUACAAACAUAACAGUAAACCUUGUACCGGAACUAGCUCCUGUUGAAGAUUAUUGAUGAUGCUUCGGAAGGGACAACUGGAUGAAAAAAAGUAUAUUAGAGAAAUAUGAAGUUUAAGUUUGAAGUGUCAUUUUUGAAAUCUCCAAUAACUUUAGAAAAGUGAAAUGAUUUUUUGACCAUAUGCUAUUGGAUUCAAAGAAAUCCUGAUGACUGCUCCUUGAAAUGUUUACAUCAUGAAACUUAAGAAAUGUUCAAACAUCAUUUUAUCAUGUUUCCUCAACUGAAGCCACCAAUCUUAGUAAUAGAAAACAAAUCUCUAGUUUAUUUAGAAGCCUAUAAAAACAUAAUCUCCUGAGGAAUAUGCAUUCAAUGAACUGCAAGAAAGCUGAAGGGUUUUAUAUAUUGCAUUUUAUGUAAAUAUUGAUUAUAAAUCAAUGUGCUUUUGAAUACUACAGCAGUCAUGGCUUCUGCAUGUGCUUAAUAGUAAUUCUGUUCAUUUUCUCCAGGGUUUUGGCAUAAGCCGAGAUGUUUGGUGAAUAAUGAAGGACCAAUUUAUAAGUGUUAAUUGGCUAUGAUUGUAAAUUGUUAAAUUAGUUUUGAGCUUUGGGCCUCCCACAUACCUUCUGUAUAAAUGAUUUCUUGAAGUAAUAUUUUAGUUUUUAUUCUAUUUAUUACCAUGAACAAUGCCAUGAUUCUCUGAUUAUUCUUGAAAUAAUAUUGUUUAUGCAUAUUGCAUGUAUAUUACAGGAUCCAAUCCAUAAAGGAUGUUGCAUUUCAUUAUGGUAUUUACAAUGUACUGGUAGUCUUGAUGUCAGAUUUAUAUCUAAGCAUACUGUUAAUUAUGUGUCUAGAUUGCAUUUUGUAGCAUUUUUAAAAAGCAAUUUAAGUCCUUUCAAAAUCAAAAGAUCAAACAGCAAAAGUAUCUUGAUGAGAAGAUUAGUGAGCAGUAAAGAGAAUGGAAUUAUGGUAAAGAGAUUUUAUAUGAAUAGAAAAUUCAGAAUACUUGCAUUUGACAUAACGUUAUUUUUAUUUACUGGAAUUCACCAAAUUACGAAUGUCUUGAAGAUUUAAUUAGUUCUAAAUGUUCCUCCUCAUUUUGAAAGAAAAUAUCUGUUACAUUCUGCAACAAACUAUCUGAACACAUUGUGUUUCAUGGGUUGUUUCCUUGUGUUCAAUACUUAGGUUGUGUACAUUUCACCAGUUUUUAUAGAAUGAAUGAAGAUUGCCACAAAGCAUCAUUUCAUUGAGCAUUGUUCUUUAAUAUCAAUAUACUUGUGCAGGUAAUUCUGUGUGAAAUGCCAUGUCCUUGCAUUUCAAUAUUGAAUGUGAUUAUUUUGCUAACUUGCCUAGAUGCAGCAACCAGAAUACCAAAGAGUUUCUUUCCCUUAAACAUUUACAGGAAAAACAAACAGAUACAAAUAAAAACACUAUUAUCUUGGAUUAGCACCUCAGCAAUGCAUUAACACGUUUGAGACUGUUUAUUUUUGUUUCUUCUUUAGAGUGCUGGCAUGACAUGUUGUUGCAAGCAGCUUAUUGUUAGAACUCAAAGGGGACAUGUGUAAUUCAAAAUAUUGGACCGAAUUAUUCAAGUAUUUGGUUUGAAAAUAUUAGGCACCUUAUAAAACUAAAGAUCAUAAGUUCUGCACCCACCAACUUGUAGUCUUAAGAGGUUAUGACAAAUCAGGCAGGCAAAAUUUAUUUAAAUUAAAGCCUAGAUUUUCACAUGAUUUCUUCUCCCCCUUCCCAUAAUUUUUAUGGACUUUAGCGGAGCUAAACAAAUCACUUAUUGUACACUGCCCAAGUUUGAUAUGGCCAUAUUAUUUGAAUGAAAAGGUUUAACUUAAAUGUUGCCAACUUAUUGCCUAUUUUUAUAUAAUUGUGUGUAACAUUAUAUUCCCCCUCCUCCCCACAAAACAAACAAACAACCCCUCAAAUAUGAGGUGCAGUCUUUUCAGCUUGAACACACUAGAUCUUUAUAUGCCAUGUGCCUUUAAAGUAGCUUAUGAGUGGAACUGGGAGCCAUUCAUUCUUUAAUGAUGACCUCUUAUUCUAAAACUAUUGGCAAGCUAAAGGCUAAAAUGGGACACCUUUGAAAAAUCUAUAAUCACUUAUUGAGAUCCCUUGUUCUCUAAUUUAGUAACGUAUGUAGCUUGUAAUUUACAUGCAGACGAUGUGAAUUGUUUUUUAAAAAAACUUGCUGCACAUCAGAGGAAGUGUACUUAACAUUAUUUUAGUUUUUCAGGUGUGAGGUGAAAUGUUCAUUAAGUGCACUGAAAUAAAUUCUGAGAAUUGUAUAGAAUCAUGCUGUGACCUAUCAUUUUGCUCAUUAAAAUGUUUGUACUUUUAAAAUGUAUUGUCUUUUGAAAUACAGUGUCCUAAAGCCUA